GAGAGAGAGAUAUCUGUGUUAUUGAGACUAAUAUGAUAAUACAAUCUGCUCUUUUAUUUUAAAUCAUGACUUUUUUAAUUUUGAUUUAAAUGUUUGUAUCCCCCAGGAUACAUUGAACCAUUUGGGUGUAUAAAGUCAUUAAAAACUGAAUUCUUGAUAAAUAAGAGUAACUGUGGGUUCACAUCAGCCGCAUUUGAGGCAUCAAAUUCACAUUUACCACAUCUAGCUUGCCGCUUGAACAUUUUGAGUUUACUCGCUACACUCGCAAAGCGUGUGAAAUUCUAGUCAUCGAAACAUUCACGCGGAAAUUUGCGUCAUGGGAGGAGCUUCUGCGACUCUGCUCUCUUCCUGUAAUAACGUCACUACUAGAGCAAGCUCCUGAUUGGUUAAUGCGGCAAGUUUUUCCGCCAAAGUUCAAUUUUUUCAACUCACGCGUUUGCCGCGGCAACGCUCAAUCCGUGCCGAACUACACGCGCUAAUGAGGUGGAAUAGCGUCUACUACGCCGCGCUUAACACCUCAUUCACGCCACGAGACCUCCAGACUCACGUCAACACGUCUUCACAUUGACUUAACAUUGAAAUCACUCGCGCUUGACGCCUCUAUACCGCAGGUGGUGUGAACGCAGCAUAAGACUGACAGCAGCACAAGUUACCCCGCUACACUGCAAAAAAAAAAUUAAAUAAGUAUUUUUGUCUUGUUUUUUAGUAUAAAUGUCUAAAAAAAUUUUACAAAUGAAAAAUUAACUUAAUUCCAGUUUUUACUUAACUUAAUAAACUCGAUUUAAGUUUAUUUUUCUUACCCCACUGACAGAUAUUUUUACUUGUUUUAAGCUAAAAUUUCAUAAUUUAUUUCAGAAAACAAGACUUUGAAUCUUAUCAAGUAAAUGUAUCUCAAUUUAAGAAUUUUUAUAUAUAUUUACUGAAAAACAAGACAAAAGUACUAAUAAUUUUUUUUGCAGUGUACAAGAAGCCAUGUUGUUUAUAAGGGCUGCCUGUCAGCUAAACAAAGAAAGUAUACACAAAGUUACCUGACCUAAGUAUUCACAACAAACACCUUUUUAACUUGAUACCACGAAAUGAGCCUCACACUUCCUCUGUCUCUCCUCAUAACCUCUCAAAUGUUUGUGUCCCCCAUGCAGGAUCUGUCACCUCUUUUAGGGUAAAGUCCCUUUAAAAAAGCGUCGGCCAAAUGCAUAAAUGUAAAGAUACAGAACGUCAUAUCGGACAUUUGAAAUAUGUGGUGUCGAUUUUAGAAAAAUGUUGUUUAAAUAAAUUUAUUUAAAGUUGAAUUAAAUUUAAGGUUUCCCAUGCAAAGUUAUUGUAUGACUUAGAAGACUUUAAAUAUAUUUUGUAAGGGUGCAUAACGAUUAAUCUAUAGCAGAAUAAAAGUUUUUGUUUGCAUUAUAUAUGUAUAUAAAUAUGCACACAUGCAUGUAUAAUUUUAAGAAAAAAAUAUUUAUUUAUAUAUAUUUAUAUAUAAUAUAAAUUAGACAUAAUAUAUACACAUGUAAACAUUUCUUAAAUAUAUACAUGCAUGUGUGUGCAUUUACCUAUACAAAGUUAUUAUACACAGUUCACUAACAUAUGAUGUAAACAAAAACUUUUAUUCUGCUAUAGAUUAAUCGCGAUUAAUUGUUAUGCAUCCAUAAUAUUUUGGUAUAGUUAUUUCUACCUCUAAGAGAUGUUUUUGGUCCUUUUUAGAGAUGUCAUCACUUUGUAUUGUUAUUACAUGUUAAAAAACAUGCCUAAACAGUUUGUUAGAUGCAUAAAAGUUUGUGUUCCUUAGAAACACAAUUAAUUACAACAACCUUAAGGGUUUUGGGGGGUGAAUUAUACUGUACAUGUAUGUGAGAGGAGUAUUUAUAGUAUUGCAGCACAUUGCAGUUCAUUCUCUAUACAGUCUGGGGGGGGGAAAGCAAUGCUAAAUUAUUUGGUGGUCCCUCCUCCGAUUUAAAAAAAAUGUGGGAGGGGAAGUUCCAGACACAGCCUGAGGACCUCGUCUACUUCUGUUCACUCAGAUGAAACCUCACUCACUUUAAAUUCAUCUUCACUCCCUCAUCGCAUUCUCUCUCACACACACUGACACGCUUUACCUGCGUAAAACAUAACCUGAGGAACACACCUGGAUAGGUAGCUUGUGACCUAAGGCUUUGCUGGCAACGGAGUGCCAGCCAUGUCUCCCACAUUGAGCUGGUCCCUGUUGUGUUUGGGUUUCCUGGGCGUCUGGGCUCAAGAAUUUUACGAAGAAAGAACCGGACCGACCCGAGUGAAGACGAGGGGACCAACUGCAACCCUUCUGCAGAAACAUGAUGGUCAAGCCAUCUUAGAUGAGGACUGCGGACUGGAGUUGGCCUUUCUCUUGGACAGCUCUGAGACUGCCAAAGACAACCACCAGCAGGAAAAACAGUUUGCUAUGGACAUUACAGAAGGUCUACAAAGCAUUCGCUUAAAUACCGGUCGCAAACUCAGUUGGAGAGCGGCUCUGCUUCAGUACAGCAGUCAUGUCAUCAUCGAGCAGACCCUUAAGCAAUGGCGAGGCACUGAGAAUUUCAAGCACAGCAUCGCGCCCAUGGCCUACAUCGGUCACGGGACCUACACCACCUACGCCAUCACCAACAUGACCAAGAUAUUCCUGGAAGAAUCCACCCCAGACAGCAUUAAGAUUGCCUUGCUGCUGACAGACGGCACCUUUCAUCCCAGGAACCCUGACAUCUUCUCAGCUAUGGCUGAUGCAAAGAAUCAGGGUGUGAAGGUCUUUACUAUUGGCAUCACUCGUUCUGCUAAUGACCCGGGCAGCAUUGCAAACCUGAGACUGCUGGCCAGUACGCCUUCAGCCAAAUUCCUUUAUAAUCUGCAGGAUAUAAAUGUCAUGGAGAAAGUCAUUACUCAGAUUGCUCAACUGGCAAAUGAUGGGUGUGCUCUGGCCCCAAAGUGUGCUUGUGAGAAAGGAGAGCGUGGACCCGGUGGCCCUGCGGGCAAGAAGGGUCGCCCAGGUGAGGACGGAGCCCCUGGACUCAAAGGUCAAAAGGGUGAAUCUGGUUUGAGUGGACUACCUGGGCGUGAAGGCGCAGAGGGUAAACCCGGUUACAAAGGAGAGCAGGGUGAACGAGGAGAAUGUGGUACUCCAGGAAUCAAAGGAGACCGGGGUCCUGAAGGUCCUGUUGGCAUUCAGGGGUCUAGAGGUCUGCAGGGUAUAGCAGGACCACAGGGUGACAUCGGACCAGAGGGACCACAGGGCAAGAAGGGUGAACGCGGCUCUCCGGGUCUACCUGGAAUUCAGGGCGACAGCGGGAUUGGACUGCCUGGACCGAAGGGAGACUUGGGAUUUCAGGGUAGAUCAGGUCCACCGGGUCCACCUGGCAUUGGCGAGCCGGGUCUGCCUGGUCCUCAAGGGCCACAGGGUGUUCAAGGCGAGAAAGGACCGCAAGGAGAGGGUUUUCCGGGUCCAAAGGGGGAUCGAGGCUUCGAGGGGCCGAGAGGACCAAGAGGACAAUCGGGCCUUGGAAUCAAAGGCGACAAGGGCGAGCUGGGACCACCAGGUUUGCCAGGGCCAAUUGGGCUCCCAGGAAUUGGAAUUCAGGGAGAAAAGGGUGUUGAGGGUCCAAGAGGGCCACCAGGAGGUAGAGGGGUACCAGGAGAGGGCUUACCUGGACCAAAGGGAGAACAAGGUUUGCCAGGAGAGAUGGGUGCCACGGGAGAGAGAGGACAUGGAGAACCUGGACCAAAGGGUGACCCUGGAUCUUCUGGGCUGGCUGGAGUACCUGGGCUUCCUGGAGAGGAUGGUGCACCAGGACAAAAGGGUGAACCUGGAGUCACAGGUUUUAGGGGACCUGAGGGUGCACCAGGAAUUGGUACUCAAGGAGAGAAGGGAGACCAGGGUCAACGUGGGGUUCGAGGGUUGCCAGGUCCUCCUGGCAUAAGUGGCCCGUCAGGAGCAAAGGGAGAGCCGGGUAUACCAGGAAGGCUCGGAAUGCCAGGAUCACCUGGGCGAGCUCUUGCAGGAGCCAAGGGUGACGUGGGUCCCGCAGGACCUCCAGGACCUAUUGGAGAGACUGGUUAUGGCCUACCUGGUCCGAAGGGUGAUCGAGGUAAUGCAGGCCCACCCGGGCCAUUCGGGCCUAAAGGUGAAGGAUUUCCUGGUCCGGUGGGUCUGCCUGGUUUGCCAGGCCCGUCAGGUGAGCCCGGCCCAGAGGGGAUUGGUCUUCCUGGACCAAAGGGAGACAUUGGAUUCAGGGGUUUACCAGGUUUGCCAGGCCCACCUGGUGAAGGACUGCAAGGACCACCAGGCAACAUGGGAAGAGCAGGUCCUCCAGGGCCACACGGGCCCCCAGGGGAGGGUAUUCAGGGACCCAAGGGUGAUCAGGGGGCUCCAGGAGUGACCGGGCCAAGGGGUCCAUCAGGAGAGGGACUUCCAGGGUCCAAGGGUGAUCGUGGUUUUCCGGGCGAGAGGGGAACUAAAGGUGGCAAAGGUGACAUGGGAGACCCCGGGACCCCUGGACUAUCUGGAAGACAAGGAACCAAGGGCGAGGCAGGCCUGACUAGAGAAGAUAUAAUCAAGCUGAUUAAAGAGAUCUGUGGAUGCGGCAUCAAGUGUAAGGAGAGGCCAAUGGAGCUGGUGUUUGUGAUUGACAGCUCGGAGAGCGUAGGUCCAGAAAACUUUGAGAUCAUCAAGGACUUUGUCACAGCGCUGGUGGACCGCGUCACGGUGGGCCGCAACACUACGAGAAUCGGUCUGGUUCUCUACAGCUUAGAAGUCCAUCUGGAGUUUAAUCUGGCCAGAUACAUGACAAAGCAGGAUGUGAAGAAGGCCAUCAGGAACAUGCCGUACAUGGGAGAGGGCACCUACACGGGCACGGCCAUCCGUAAAGCCACGCAGGAAGCUUUCUACAGUGCCCGGAACGGUGUCAGGAAAGUUGCCAUCGUCAUUACAGACGGACAGACGGAUAAGAGAGAACCUGUUAAGCUGGAUAUUGCCGUGCGUGAGGCUCAAGUGGCUAACAUUGAGAUGUAUGCACUGGGUAUAGUUAACACCUCUGACCCAACACAGACCGAGUUCCUCAGAGAGCUUAACCUCAUUGCCUCAGACCCUGACAGUGAGCACAUGUUUCUCAUUGAUGACUACAACACACUGCCAGCUCUGGAAUCUAAGCUGGUGAGUCAAUUCUGUGAGGAUGAAAAUGGAGCCCUCAUCUACAACCGCGUCUCCAACGGGCUGAAUGGAAAUAAUGGAUACGGCUAUAACAACGGCUAUGACGAUAACGCCUUUGGAAGCAGAUUUCAGGAAGCAGUGGACAGAACUCAGAGUCACACCAGAGGAAGAGGACACACCGUCCCUCUUCCUAUCAACCCCGGCCCUCUCAAAACACAGGUGGACAAAGAUGACUUUGAAUGGGAAGACCUUGACAUAAAAACCCAAAGUCAAGGCGGAGGCACCGUUGUUGUUGUCAAUAAGACUGUCCAGCCCGUACAGCCAGGAACCAGUACAUCUUCUUCAUCUACAUCAUCUUCCUCUACAUCAUCAGUAUCUACAUCAGUAUCGUUAUCUUCAUCAGGGUCCGUAAACGUGAACACAAAGCCUCGUCCGGUUGUGAUUAAAGAGUCAUUAGCUCCUCUGGAUCCACGAUGUCUGUUGAAUUUAAGUCAAGGUUCCUGUAGAGAGUACAUCAUCCGCUGGUACUACGACAAGCAGGCAAACUCUUGUGCACAGUUCUGGUACGGAGGCUGCCAAGGCAAUGAGAACCGUUUCCAAACAGAGGAAGAGUGCAAGAAGACAUGUGUCCUCGCCAUUAAAGCUGGUUAACAUGGAUGAAGAUCUCACCUCAGUCACUCUACACUGAACCUUCAAAAAUUAACUUUGAAGUUCUCCAAUGAUGGAUGUGAUAGACCAUUCACUCCUCUAAUCAGUUGAUGAGAUACUGGCAUCAUAAAAUUGUUCAAGCAGCUUUAAACCUGUUAAAUAUCUAAAUUACCCCAUUAUUCACUCUCAAGCAAUCCAUCAUCUUUCAGACGAGCACAUUUGGAGUUAUUUUAAUAAAUGUCUUUGCUAUUCCAAGCUUAUAUAAGUAGAAAACAGGGAACAACUUCUGACUUUGAACCCCAAAAAAGUGCAUCCAUCCUUUACAGAAGUAAUCCACACGGACCCCAUGGGUUAAUAAAGGUCUUCUGUGGGUAAUCGAUGCAAUAUUGUAACGCCAUCUUGGACUUACAUGUUUCACAAGAGUCACUGCACAACGUACCCAUGGCAAUGAGCACUCACUACACUAAAACUCCUAAUGGUGCGUUCACACCAGACACGGAAGAGGCGGCAAGCGCGAGUAAUUUACAUGUUAAGUCAAUGCAAAGACACGAACAGUCAUCCUGUGGCAUCCGUCUGUUACACGCGAAAUAAGUGUUGCCACGUGAUAGUUGAAAAAUCUGAACUUUGGCGGAUUUUCACGGCGCGUUAACCAAUCAGAAGCUUGCUCUAGCAGUGACGUGAUUACAAGAAGCGAGGCAGAAAAACAAAACAACAAUAGAGUACAAUCAUCAUCGCUAAUGCACGAGGCAUCUUCGUACUUUAACAGGAAUUAAAAGGAUCUUGCUUGGAAGAAAGUGAGUGAGGAGUAGAUUUACAAAAUUUAAGCUUAAAGCCCCUCCUAUGACGCGAAUUUACGUGUGAAUGUCUUAAAUGACUAGAAUUUCAUGGACAAAUGAAGCGAGUAAACUCAAAAUGUUCAAGAAUCCAACUAUGCGCGAAUAGCAAUAUUUUGCCGCCACUUCCGCUUCUGGUGUGAACGCACAGUAAGAGUCCAAGAUGGCGGCGUUACUGAAAGCUAGUUAUUACAGUUUAUAAAGUUUGAAAUAUGGAUUGUUUUCUUUUGGAUUUUGUGAAUUUCAUUAAUAAAAUGUUUGGUUAAUAAUGAUGUGCGUAAUUUUUUUUAACAAACUUGAAAAAAGCAUGCAAAAAUAUAUAUAUAAAUACAUGAAUGAUGUUAUAAAAUGUUCUCAAAAUAAACUCAAAAUGUUCAAGAAUCCAACUAUGCGCGAAUAGCAAUAUUUUGCCGCCACUUCCGCUUCUGGUGUGAACGCACAGUAAGAGUCCAAGAUGGCGGCGUUUCUGAAAGCUAGUUAUUACAGUUUAUAAAGUUUGAAAUAUGGAUUUUUUUCUUACACAAUUGCAUCGAUUACCCACAGUCAGAAGACCUUUAUUAAAACAUUGGAGCUGUGUGGAUUACCUAUCUGAAGGAUGAAUGCACUUUUUGGGGGUUUAAAGUCAGAAAUUGUUUGCUGAUUCCUGUUUUCUACCAUUGUAAAGCUUGAAAGAGCAUGGACAUUUACUGAAAUAACUCCAAAUGUGCUUGUCUGAAAGAUGAUGGUCAUGUGUAUCUUGGAUUGCUUGAGGGUGAGUAAUUCAUGGGGUAAUUUUAAUAUUUGGCUGAAGUAUCUCUUUAAGAAUGUGGAGAAAAGGUUUGAUGUAGAUUGUGGUUUUUAUCAGCCAUUUCAAUUCUUAGGAUUUCAACAAACAAGAACUGCACCUGCUCAAGUCAAACACUGGUAUUAUAAUGAAUGUUCAUCUUGUCAUAGAAAUGUGCUGUUAUGAAUAAACACAGCAGGCCAUUCAUUCAUACAGUAUUCAAACAUAUCAACAUUUGUUAUUUUUCAUGGUAUAUACUGAGAAUCUGUGCACUGCCGUAACAAGUGACAUAUAAAAAUAUAUUUUGCAGUCUUCACUUGGACUUGAUUGUAUAUGUAUUUUGUUUUAUUUAAAUUUAUAUACAAUUUGUGAUUUAAAGAAGCAUUUAUUAGGUCACAAAAACACUAUCAAGCAAGUAGGUCUAUGUCUAGUUUUUUUUUUUUUAAGUAUAUACAUUUUUUGAUCGGAAACUAUUGAAGGUCACUAUUGGAGUACUAAGAUUUUGUAUAUAUUUCUUUACGUGUGUUUGUUUGCAGUACAUUUACAAUAUUUUUGCAAAUAGUUUGACAAACCUGAAUUCUUGUAUUACAAUAGAUGAUUAUGCAAACUGAACGAGCCAGAUGAGAUUUCUGAUCAUUGUUAGUUCUUUGGAACAAGACGUUAUUAGACAUAGAUAUGUUGACUGUUAUAAAUGUAUUUGGUUUAUAUUUUGAAGGUGUUUUUGUUCAUUUUGUGAAUUUCAUUAAUAAAAUGUUUGGUUAAUAAU